AUUUUGAUUUUAUUAACGUUUUUUUAUAAGGAACAAGAAACUAUUUUUAUUUUAUUUGUUAUAAAAAUAUUAAGAUGUUCGGAUCCAACCCCAAAUGAAAUUACUUGUUACCAAUAUCAUGUUCCUAAGGAAUUUAUUAAAUCGAUAACUGUAUUAGCUCCACGGAUUAAUAAUAGUGUGGCUUUAAUCAUGGCUAGUCCGAACCCAGAUAACGAUGCAGCUUCCAUAUUCGUCCAAAAAAGUGACAAAAGGGAAAGGAAUUUAAAAAGUCCAGAUCGAGGUGAUUCGUCACGAGCAAACUCUACUGUCAAACAAAGUAAACCAGCGGAAAUAAUUACGGUUAAAGACUUCUUCGAUUUUAUGAAAACAGCCUAUCAAGUUUAUGAGCAUUUGGAAGGCAAUGAAGACGAGGCCAAAAUAAACUGGGAAGCACUUACUAAGCUGACCGUCAUAAAUCAUGUCAUAGAACCACAGGAGAGAGAACUUUUGAGGAAUACGGCUCAUACAGAGCAAAAACCAAUAAUCAGUAAAAGCGAUACAGCAUUAGAAAAGAAAACUAGCGAGAUAGUGCUAUUGGAAAAGCGGUUGAGUUACAAUGAUAUCGAAAACAAAAGACGUUCAAUUAAUGGAGAAAUCAAAGUGGAGAUGCUUGGGGCCUGGACGGAGGCCAAUUUAAAUUGUAAAUUAAACGAUGUAAUCAACGAAGGCAUUUUAGACUCAAUUUUACCUUAUCUAGUUGGAUAUAAAAAACCGUCAAAAACCACAAGUGUUUAUACGCCUAUUAUAAAAAAAUCUAAUAAUGAGUCAGAUGUUAAAAAACCUGCUAGUUUUGGAGGUUUCAUACAUGAAAAAGAAUCUAAAGAUCGUUUAGGAAGACGUAGAUCUUCUAUAAUCGCAAUUCAAGAUAAACUGAACCAUAAACACGAAGCGGACGUAGAAAUUCAUGUGUGCGACGAAGUGAAAGGCCUGAAGAAAGAUUUCAAGUGUCCUCAGAAAUUACUUGUGUCUAAAAUGGGUUAUUUUGCUGACGUCACUGCUGGCCAGAGACUGGAGGAUAUGGAUAUAUCAGUACAUUGUGAUAUUCAGAUUUUUGAUUGGCUAAUGAGAUGGGUGAAACGAGAUACUAUUCUUGUCGCUGAUUGGCCGCUCUUAGACGCUCACAAUGUCGUGCCCAUUCUUGUUUCAGCGUCGUUUCUUCAGAUGGAGCCACUUCUGCACGAUUGUCUGAUAUACUGCCACGCGCACAUGAACGAUAUCGUUAAAACGUCCACCAAUCUUGCUUGUUUGAAUGACGCUUUGCUAUCCAGACUGGCAGCAAUGUACACGAACGCGGAGCUGGAGGCGGUGCGCGACCGGCGCGACAAGAUCCAGUCGCGGCUGUAUUGCAAGCUGAUCCUGUCGCUGGCCGAGCCUGUGCCGGAGACGCUGCGCGGACACCACGCCUCGCUCGCCACGCUCUUCAAGUGCACCAAAUGCAAUAAGCUGCUGGGUCGUCACGUGGCGGAGCAAGUACCCUGCCAACCCUCCAGCAUGCGAAUCGACCGCCGGGGUAAUGUCGUCUCCGCGCACGCCAAAGACUUGUCGUGGAGCUUGAACGAGUACAUAACGUGGCUGUACGGCGAGCUGCGGUCGUGGCGGCGCGUCUACUGGCGUCUGUGGGCGGACUGCCACUUCCUGCGAUGUCAGCUGUGCGACACAUAUUUCCCCGUGUAUCAGAUGGAAUGGUGUUCGCACCACGAGCAGAGUGCGGCGCUGGUGGCGGGCGACGCGGCGGCCGGCCGCUACCCCUGCUGUGGACAGCGCGCCUAUCGUUUCGAAACUCUACCUCGUAACACUGGUUGUCAGUUCCGCGAGCACGUGCCGGAGGAGCGCAACGCGGGCGAGGCGUCAGUGGUGGUGCUGUACGCGCGCUUCCGCGACCUCAUCGCCAUGCGCCCGCCGCACCUCGUCUAUCCAGAGAGACUUACUAGAUUCGUCGCUAGAGAACCAAACGAAGAAUACAGCGGUCGUUUGCAAUGCAGGGAGGUGUUCUGGUGGGAGGGCAUUCAGCUGGUACCACCUCGUCAACCUCUCGGGCUACUGGGAAAGCUCUACACUAGCAACACCAAGUUUAACCCGAGUAUUCGUCCCGGCUCGCCGACUGUGGCCAAGGUACAGUCGCCGCCGCAAAGCAUCGGCGGCACGAGCAGGGCCAGCACCAUCUCCUCCUGUCUCUCUGAUCAGCGCGAGCUCAGAGCCAGACUGAUAUGUGAAACCGGAUCCAAGAUCAAGCAAGGCGCGUCCGGGUGCGGCGACGUGUCGGUGUGCGCGGUGGGUGUGGUGGGUGCAGGGGGUGCGGCGGGUGCAGGGGGUGCUGGAGUCGCGCGGGGGGCCAGCGUGCGCGGCAGCUCGGCGGGCAGCGAGCAGAGCGCUAGCUCCGACAGCGACAGCGCCAACAGCGACGAGGACCGCCCGCCGCGCCGCCCGCAGCGCGCGCCGCCGGUCACACCCGUUAGGACCAAGAAGGGUCGCGUGGUGGGUCGUCAGUGGCUGCCGUCGGUGUCCGCGCGCAGCAACCAGGACGGGCAGCGGCGCUACGAGGAGCGCGCCGCCGCACAGAUGCGCUCCGCGCUUGCUCGCCGGCACGCGCAGCUCGUGCGCCCAAAACCCACGCCAGGCGGUGUAUACGCGCGUCUGGAGGCGGAGUGGCGGGAAAAGUUCGCGCCGCGGCCGCGCGUCGCCAUCUCAGCACGACCACGCCCAGCUAACGCAAAAUAUAAAUGAAAUUGUUUCGUAAUAAAUAUAUCUUGUUAAAAAAUGCCA